AUGGUGUUGUAUGUGCAGUUCCACACAAAUCUAGGAUGGAUUUCCAAGACCAAGGAUGAAAAGAACAAGACCGUAAGGGCUCUGCCGAGCUCAUGGUAUCAAUCACAAGAGAUGUUUGAUCUCGAGAGACGAGCAAUCUUCUCAAAGAAAUGGCUUCUUACGACACACAAAACAAGACUUCCCAACCCUGGAGACUGGUUACGAUACCAGGUAGCCGGCUUCGACUUUGUUAUCGCCAAGGACCGCCACGGAGUGAUUAAUGCAUUCCACAACAUCUGCAGACACCGAGCGUUCCCAGUCGUCACAACUGAGGGAGGCAACAACAGUGUCCUCGCUUGCAAGUACCACAACUGGUCCUAUGCUCUCAACGGCAAACUCACUAAGGCGCCAUCGUAUCAAGACAUGGAAGGUUUUGACAAGAGCAAGAACAGUCUCUUUCCUAUCCAUGUCCACGUUGAUACCAACGGAUUCGUCUGGGUGAACAUGGAGGCCACAGAGAAGCCUACGAUCCCAUGGGAGAAGGACUACAAGAACAUCGACAAGCAGGCCAGAUUCGAGGCUUACAACUUUGAAAAUUAUGUUUUCGACCACACCUGGCAGAUGGAGGGUGAAUAUAACUGGAAACUUCUGGGAGACAACUACAACGAGUGCUACCACUGCCCGACUACGCACCCCGAUAUUCCCACCGUUGCCAAUCUCGAUGCUUACGGUGUGGUCACGGAGAACUCAUAUGUUCAGCAUCUUGGCAAUCCAACACCUGAGCAAAUCAAAGCGGGUUUCAAUUUGGCAGCUACAUUCUACUUCCCCAAUGCCUCAAUGAACGUCUCGCCUCACUUCUUCUUCAUCCAAAGAUUUAUCCCCAAGAGCCCAACCACAUCGAUCAUGUACUACGAGGUCUACCGAAACAAGGAUUCAUCCGAUGAAGACUUCACAGUGAUCAGUGACAUUUACAAGCGGGUAAUGUCGGAAGACAAGUACCUAUGUGCCAACGCGAACAAGAAUAUCCAAGCCGGUGUAUUCGUCAACGGUGAGAUGCACCCGAAGAUGGAACAAGGCCCUCUCUUCUUCCAGAAGUUGGUCCGUGAUCUCGUCACAGACCAUCACAAGCAAGAGAAGAAGGCCGGUAAGAAGAUCUGGCCUGCGCAACAGAAGCUCCCAGGCGAUGCCAAGGUCAGCGAGCAAGAUAUGGAGUUCUGCGCAUCAAUUGAUUGCGCAAGCUCGAAAAAGGAGCUCGACUGGUGA